UGAAUAAAACAUUGAAUUACGUCACGAUAACGCCUGCAAUAGCACAAGCACAUGAUUUACUAUUGCUACAUUUGGCAGAAAAUGAUUGCCAACAGUUUAUACUUGGCAUAGUUUUAUGUAUAAGCGCCAUAAAACAUAACAACAACAAGUUAUGCAAAAUUAUGACUGCAAAGUGGACCGAACUGUGUCUUACGUUAAUCAAGGCACGAUUUUAACCGGGGAUACAAGACAGAAUGGUAACAAUUUGGACAAAUCUUUAACGGAAAUAUUAUUGGAGAAAAUAAGAUCAUAUGGAGAUAAAACUGCACUGGUAGACGACUCUAAUGGCGGAAACUCUUUGACGUACAAUCAAUUUUACAAUCAAGUUAGAAAUUGUGCAGGGUAUUUGUACGAACAAGGAUUGAGAAAAAGAGACGUUGUCGCGCUAUGUUCGUCAAACUGCCUGGAAUUUCCAGUUGUAAUGCUGGGAAUCAUUGCUUGUGGUGCUAGAGUCUCUUUGUGCACCCCGACAUUCACAAAAGAAAAAAUGUUUGAACACUUCCAACAUUGUGGACCGACUAUGGUCAUUUCAACGGAAGAGGCCUCUGAAACAGUGGAUCAGGUUGUGCAGAAAAUCAGAAUGGUGAAGAAAGUGAUUAUCAUCGGAGAAAGUGAGAAAUAUAUAACAACCUCGUAUUUUUUUCAAUCGACAAGUGAUUUUCCUAAAGUUGACAUUAACCCUAACUUUGACGUAGCAAUUAUAUCCUAUGCAAACGAUGACAACGAAACACUGAAAGACAAUUCUACAACACAUACAAGCAUUACUAGAAGAAUUGAGUGUAUUGCACAAACAUUAUGCUGGUCACCAACCAAAUACGAUUCACAGUGUAAUUAUUUUGACAUACCAAUGAUUCAGAAGUUAGGCGUGGAGACGAUGCUUGCGUCACUUUUUGCAGGGUGCAAACUAGUCUUCAGAAAGAGAUGUGACAUCAAAAGCAUGCUGGAAGCCGUAAAAACCCAUCAGGUUACAGCAGUUUUCACACUUGAAACGACUGCAGUUGGAUUGAUGGAGGAUGGCAUUAAAUUUGAUUGUGGAAAGUCAUCUCUGAGAAUAAUAAAUUUUUCGGGGCCAACUAUGCAGUCCGAAUUGAUUGAGAAAGUUGAAAGAAAGUAUCAAGUUGACGUUAAUCAGGAUAUUCAAGAUUCGUUGUGAUUGAUAAAAAAAUAUUGGACGAACAAAGAACACAGGGCUGAGCUAUGUUCAAAGAAGUGAAAAAAAACAAGACAGUGGAAUCUGCAGAUAUGCGUUUGUUUUUACAGAAAGUGUCAAUCCCGAUGAUUGCCCAUAAUCGUAACUAACUCUUUUUGGUCUAGAAAAUUAAUAGUUUUAACCACUAUUUUUGCCACCCAUUCAUAAAAGCAAUCGUAUUUUUGCGCGUAGUAGAAACUUUAUUCCGUGCCAAUGUUAAUUCCUUUCAUAAUAUAGGUUCGCCAGUUAC